AAUAAGACGUGCUUUGACUGUGGGGCCAAGAACCCGACAUGGUCCAGCGUACCGUAUGGUGUUCUGCUAUGUCUUGACUGCAGCUCUGUACACCGCAAUAUGGGCGUGCAUCUCUCCUUUGUCCGAUCCACGGUGCUUGACACAUGGACCUGGGACCAGCUACGUCUGAUGCGGGUUGGUGGUAAUGCUGCCUGUGCAGACUACUUCAAGAAGCAUGGCGGUUCUUCCCUCUUGAGCACAAAGGACGCGAAAAUCAAGUACUCUAGCAAGCAGGCCACACAAUAUAAAGCAGAGAUC